AAUGUGAAAUCCCACAUAUAGAUCAUUUUCCUUCUAAGCUCACUGAUCAUUCUGAAAGAUCUUGAACCCUCUUCUGGAAAGGGGUGCCUAUCGUUACUUUAUGGGGCAGCAGCCUGGAAAAGUUCUUGGGGACCAGAGAAGGCCAAGUUUGCCUGCCCUGCACUUUAUCAAAGGAGCAGGGAAGAAAGAAUCAUCGAGGCAUGGGGGUCCACACUGCAAUGUUUUUGUGGAACAUGAAGCCCUUCAGAGGCCAGUAGCAUCUGACUUCGAGCCCCAAGGUCUGAGCGAAGCAGCUCGUUGGAACUCUAAGGAAAACCUUCUCGCUGGUCCCAGCGAAAAUGACCCCAACCUUUUCGUUGCACUGUAUGAUUUUGUGGCCAGUGGGGAUAACACUUUAAGCAUAACUAAAGGUGAAAAGCUCCGGGUCUUAGGCUACAACCACAACGGGGAAUGGUGUGAAGCCCAAACUAAAAAUGGCCAAGGGUGGGUCCCGAGCAACUACAUCACGCCGGUCAACAGUCUGGAGAAACACUCCUGGUACCACGGGCCCGUGUCCCGCAACGCCGCCGAGUACCUGCUGAGCAGCGGGAUCAAUGGCAGCUUCCUGGUCCGGGAGAGCGAGAGCAGCCCUGGGCAGAGGUCCAUCUCGCUGAGAUACGAAGGGAGGGUGUACCACUACAGGAUCAACACUGCUUCGGACGGCAAGCUCUACGUCUCCUCAGAGAGCCGCUUCAGCACUUUGGCCGAGCUGGUCCAUCACCACUCAACGGUGGCCGACGGGCUCAUCACCACUCUCCACUACCCGGCCCCCAAACGCAACAAGCCCACCGUCUACGGCGUGUCCCCUAACUACGACAAGUGGGAGAUGGAGCGCACGGACAUCACCAUGAAGCACAAGCUGGGCGGAGGCCAGUACGGGGAGGUGUACGAAGGCGUGUGGAAGAAGUACAGCCUCACGGUGGCCGUGAAGACCCUGAAGGAGGAUACCAUGGAGGUGGAAGAGUUCUUGAAAGAGGCCGCAGUGAUGAAAGAGAUCAAGCACCCCAAUUUAGUGCAGUUACUCGGGGUGUGCACCCGGGAGCCCCCGUUCUAUAUAAUCACUGAGUUCAUGACCUAUGGGAACCUGCUGGACUACCUGAGGGAGUGUAACCGGCAGGAGGUGGGCGCCGUGGUGCUGCUGUACAUGGCCACCCAGAUCUCUUCGGCCAUGGAGUACCUGGAGAAGAAGAACUUCAUCCACAGAGAUCUUGCUGCCCGAAACUGCCUGGUAGGGGAAAACCACUUGGUGAAGGUGGCUGAUUUCGGCCUGAGCAGGUUAAUGACAGGGGACACCUACACAGCCCACGCCGGGGCCAAGUUCCCCAUCAAGUGGACGGCACCUGAAAGCCUGGCCUACAACAAGUUCUCCAUCAAGUCGGACGUCUGGGCGUUUGGAGUGUUGCUUUGGGAAAUUGCUACCUACGGCAUGUCACCUUACCCAGGAAUUGACCUGUCCCAGGUGUACGAGCUCCUAGAGAAGGACUACCGCAUGGAGCGCCCGGAAGGCUGCCCGGAGAAGGUCUACGAGCUCAUGCGCGCAUGUUGGCAGUGGAAUCCCUGUGACCGGCCCUCCUUCGCUGAAAUCCACCAAGCCUUUGAGACAAUGUUCCAGGAAUCCAGCAUAUCAGAUGAAGUGGAAAAGGAAUUGGGGAAGAAAGGCAUGCGAGGGGUUGCAGGCACUCUGCUGCAGGCCCCAGAGCUGCCCACCAAGACGAGAACCUCCAGGAGAGCUGCCGAACACAAAGACGCCCCCGACGUGCCCGAGAUGCCCCACUCCAAGGGCCCAGGAGAGACCGAUCCUCUGGACCACGAGCCUGCUGUGUCUCCAUUGCUCCCCCGGAAAGAACGAGGUCCUCAGGAUGGUGGCCUAAAUGAAGACGAGCGCCUUCUCCCCAAAGACAAGAAGACCAACUUGUUCAGUGCCUUGAUCAAGAAGAAGAAGAAAACAGCCCCAACCCCUCCCAAACGCAGCAGCUCCUUCCGGGAGAUGGACGGCCAGCCAGAGCGCAAGGGGGCCCCUGAGGAAGAAGGCCGAGACAUCAGCAACGGGGCGCCGGCGCUCGCGCCCACGGACGCAGCCGAGCCAGCCAAGUCCCUAAAGCCCAGCAGCGGGGCUGGCGUCCCCAAUGGAGCCUUCCGGGAGUCAGGGGGUACAGGCUUCCGGUCGCCCCACCUGUGGAAAAAGUCCAGCACGCUGACCAGCAGCCGCUUAGCAGCCAGCGAGGAGGAGGGCGGCGGCAGCGCCAGCAAGCGCUUCCUGCGGUCCUGCUCCGCCUCCUGCGUGCCCCACGGGGCCCGGGACACCGAGUGGCGGUCGGUCACGCUGCCUCGGGAUCUGCAGUCCACGGGAAGACAGUUUGACUCGUCCACGUUUGGAGGGCACAAGAGUGAGAAGCCAGCUCUGCCUCGGAAGCGGGCAAGCGAGAACAGGUCCGACCAGGCGACCAGAGGCACGACGGGCACGCCCCCACCCAGGCUGGUGAAGAAGACCGAGGAGGCGGCCGACGAGGUCUUCAAAGACGCGGCCGAGUCCAGCCCGGGCUCCAGCCCUCCCAGCCUGACCCCCAAACUCCUCCGUAGGCAGGUUGUGGUCACGCCUUCCUCUAGCCUUGCCCACAAGGACGAGGCUGGGAAGUCCGGGGCCUCGGGGGCGCCUGCUGAGCCGGUGCCCCCCGCCAGCAGGGCGGCGCCGGGUGCUUCUGGAGGGACCGGCAAGGCCCCUGCCGAGGAGUCCAGAGUGAGGAGGCCCAAGCCCUCCUCCGAGUCCCCAGGGAGAGACAAGGGGAAGUUGUCCAAGCUCAAACCCGCCCCGCCGCCCCCGCCUCCAGCCUCCGUUGGGAAAGCCGGGAAGGCCUCCCAGAGCCCGAGCCAGGAAGCAGCCGGGGAGACAGGUGCCAGUGGGAAAGCAAAACCCACGGCUCUGGUUGUGGAUGCUGUGAACAGCGACACUGCCAAACCCAGCCAGCCGGGAGAGGGCGUCAGGAAGCCCGCGCUCCCGUCCAUGCCAAAGCCCCAGUCGUCCGCCAAGCCAGCGGGGACCCCGACCAGCCCAGCCCCUGCGCCCUCCGCGUUGCCGUCAGCAUCCUCUGCCCUGGCAGGGGACCAGCCGUCCUCCACUGCCUUCAUCCCUCUCAUAUCGACCCGCGUGUCUCUUCGGAAAACCCGCCAGCCUCCGGAGCGGAUUGCCAGUGGCGCCAUCACCAAGGGCAUGGUCCUGGACGGCACCGAGGCCCUGUGCCUGGCCAUCUCCAAGAACUCUGAGCAGAUGGCCAGCCACAGCGCCGUGCUGGAAGCCGGCAAAAACCUCUACACGUUCUGUGUGAGCUAUGUGGACUCCAUCCAGCAAAUGAGGAACAAAUUCGCCUUCCGCGAGGCCAUCAACAAACUGGAGAAUAAUCUUCGGGAGCUUCAGAUCUGCCCGGCGACAGCAGGGGGUGGCCCGGCGGCCACCCAGGACUUCAGCAAACUCCUCAGCUCCGUGAAAGAGAUCAGUGACAUCGUACAGAGGUAGCAGAAGCCGGGCGCCGGGAGCCUGCAGCGCGUGAGGGCCCCCCCCGUGCCCGUGACGGUGGCUGAGAGAGGACCGGCGAGCUGGGGCCUGGGCCCGGGAGCUUGGCGCCGGGCAGAGCUGAGGCUGCCGUGGAGUGCAGCCCUACUACCUAUGCCACGGCCCCGCUGUUCUCCUGCACUUGCCUUCCCCUCAGCCCGGGCUCCCUGAGCCAUCUGUCCGAGUUCUAUCUGUGGAGUUCCUGCUCUGUGGACUGCACGCCAGCCUCUUUCCCACAUCGCGCUUCAAAACUGAGCUCUCGGGGGCAGGUGGGAAGGCAGAUGAGCGCCUCCUUUUCAUCCGUCUUUCUGGAGGACCUCCCCUGGCUAUGCCUUCACCUCCAUUUCACCCCAAGAACGAGUACCCUGCCUGGGAGCUGGGUCACCAAGGCCUUGGGAACUGUCACCUCCACUCACCCCGCGCAGAGAGGUGGUGCCCUCAUCUUCCUCGCGCCUCCUGUGCCGAAGACAACGUUUCCAGAGCUGCAUCUUGGGAAGCGCUGCCAGCUGGCCACCCUGCCCUCCACUGCUGCCGCGGGCUGGUGCCCUCACCAUUUCCUCACGUGAAGGACAGCUCUUGAUUUGGGGGGUAAAACAGGGUGCUAAAACCAACCAGCGU